GCUCGGCGUUCAGAUCUGCACCCGAACUUCACUGCAGAAGACGCAGCAGUUGGACGGGCGCCGUGCGCAGAAGAGAAGGUGCUCGAGUUAUGCACCCGCUACGGAUGGCUGCAGGAGUCGAGUUCGUCUGAGUAAGAGGCAACUCGCAUUUCCGUUGGCAGUUAAGAAGAACCGCUCUGUCGCAGCGUAAACAUCAGUAAAGAGCGGGACCAUGGUAGACAAGCUGCACCACUAUCAGGGUUUCCUGGGGCGUCUUCACACUCUGCGAGAGGGCAUCAGAGCUCAAUGGUCUUCCUGGAGAGAAGAAAACAGCGAUGGGGAAGGAUUGAGCAAUGGGUUCCCGCUCAGUUUCUUGGGCCGGAAGCAGGCCCACAGAAAAGCGUCACAACGCAGCAGCUCUCAGGACCGUGAGGCUACAGACUACUCACACAUCUACAGGGAGAAGACGCGCCAGGAGCUGGUGCGCAUCUCGGCAGCCGUGAUGGGUAUAGAGUUCUCCUACGCCGCCGAGACCGCUUUCGUUUCGCCCAUCCUGCUGAAGAUCGGAGUGCAACACGAGCAUAUGACGUUGGUCUGGGGUCUGUCGCCUCUCAUCGGAUUCUUCGUCACCCCCAUCCUGGGUUCACUCAGCGACCGCUGCCAUCUUUCCUGGGGUAGACGUCGACCAUUCAUACUCGUCCUGGCGGUUGGAAUCCUCACAGGUCUGCUGCUCGUUCCCAACGGUGAGGACAUUGGGCGGGCCCUGGGUGACGUCUACCCGUCUCACGGUGACAGUGGCAACCACACGGCGACAGCCAGCAACGGGUCUGACUACAGCAACGCCACCUUGGAGCCAGAUGCAAACUACCCACACCCCUGGAGCGUGUUCUUCACGGUUCUGGGCACCAUGCUCUUGGACUUCGAUGCCGACGCCUGUCAGAGUCCGUCCAGGGCGUACCUACUGGACGUCACCCUCCCCGAGGACCACGCGCGGGGUCUCAGCACGUUUACUAUAAUGGCGGGCCUCGGGGGUUUCCUAGGAUAUGCUCUCGGAGCCAUUAAUUGGGACAUCACGGCGCUCGGAGAGAUCCUCGGAGGUCACGUGAGAGCCGUCUUCACGCUCAUCACGUUCAUCUUCACUAUCUGCGUGGCGUUAACUGUGACCAGCUUCACGGAGAUUCCGCUGAGGGUGCUGGAGCAAGAAGCUCAGGGUCCCAAACAGAACGGGAAGACAGAGGACACGAAAAUCGCGGACGAAGUGCAGACUGGAUCGUACGGGGCUUUGACUGGAACCAAUAACAUUUCGCAGUCGGAUCAUCAGGACCCGUACCAUCGAAUUGAAGGUCAGAACGCAUGCGCAAGUAGCUACACCAAUUACGGCUACGAGGAGGGUUACCAACAGGAAGUGACGAUAGCAGAGACAACUUUCAGUGCUCCAGAUAAUAAGGAAGUGUUCAGCAUCCCUGCGGAGAAGACCAGCGCCACCUUGAAGCAGUACCUGCAGUCCAUCAUCUUUAUGCCGAACUCUCUGCGUAUUCUGUGCCUCACCAACCUCUUCUGCUGGAGCGCUCACAUCUGCUACUCGCUGUACUUCACCGACUUCGUUGGAGAAGCUGUCUUUGAAGGUGACCCCAAGGCAGCAGACGGAACGCCUGAGAAAGAACUAUAUGAAGAAGGCGUCAGGUUUGGCUGCUGGGGAAUGUCUAUGUACUCACUGUCCUGCGCCUUCUAUUCGCUUAUUAUCGAACGUCUCAUCAAGAAAUUCAGGGCUCGAAAUGUAUACAUAAGCGGACUCCUCUUGGACAGCCUGGGAAUGUUGAUGUUGGCACUUAUGAAGAACCGAUAUGCAGUAAUUAUCUUCUCUGCGUCAGCAGGGGUUAUGUACUCAACACUGUUCACACUACCAUACCUCCUAGUGGCACAUUAUCACGCCGCGGGAACGUUUGGAGUAUCAAAGGAAGGAGAAGCUGAGCGUGGCACACAACUCCGAGGUCUGGGAACAGAUGUUGCUAUUGUGAGCAGCAUGGUGUUUCUAGCCCAGUUUGUUCUCUCCAUGUUCAUGGGAUUUUUUGUGGCCUUCUUUGGUACCACAACUACAGUAGUUAGCGUUGCCGCCAUCCUCAGCUUCUGUGGAGCCAUCGCAGCUACUCAGGUGAUGUACCUGGAACUGUGAGUGACUUCUUGCUGAAUGACUCAAGUGACUAGAGUAGGUCUCAACCUAAGUUUGCUUGGAGCCAUCGCAGGUACUCAGGUGAUGUACCUGGAACUGUGAGUGACUUUUUGCUGAAUGACUCAAGUGACUAGAGUAGGUCUCAACCUAAGUUUGCUUGGAGCCAUCGCAGGUACUCAGGUGAUGUACUUGGAACUGUGAGUGACUUUUUACUGAACGACUCAAGUCGUUUGAGUAGGUCUCAACCUAAGUUUGCUUGGAGCCAUCGCAGGUACUCAGGUGAUGUACCUGGAACUGUGAGUGACUUUUUACUGAACGACUCAAGUUGUUUGAGUAGGUCUCAACCUAAGUUUUUUGGAGCCAUCUUAGCUACUCAGGUGAUGGCCCUGGAAGUGUCAAUGGUUUCACAUUGAAUGACCCUGUCAUUCUGUUGUUUGACCAGUUGUUGGGAUUUAACUGAGACCUUCAGAUCUAAGUCAUGACUCAUUAUGCUCUCAUCAGACUGAAAAAGGAGCGCAGCCUGAAGCGCUGUGUGGAAAUUAAUUGUCCACUCUUGGAACCUCAAACCUCCUCUCACAUAGGGCUGGACACCUCCAGGAUUAUUUCCAGUGGGGUGGUAACCAGUUAUGCAAGGGUGUGAGGAAUAGAACAAUAUAUUUUUAUUAAAAAUCCGUUUAAUUAUUAUGAAUAAUUUUUGCAUACAGUACAUACAGAUUCAUCGCCCAUUUUGAAACACCUGAUCAGUAUUGCAAAUGACUUUGUAUUAAAUGAAACAAUUAUUUUAAUAUUCCUUUAAGUGUUCUAAAACGCAUGGGUAGUUUUUAAUGAAGUGUUUUGAUGAGUAAUGGCAGAGACACUAGUCACGGAGGAAUAUAAUUUACUAAAGAGUCGAUCUUUAUAGAGCGUAUCCUAUUGCGUUAUUAAACUAACAUAAUUGCCAUGUUCCAUCUAGGCAACAUUAAGAAUGUUUACUCAUUCAACUAUUUAUUAGUAAUCACUACAUGUUUCGACCAUCCAACUGGUCAUCAUCAGGUGCUAACAAUAUUUAAGUGUUUUUGAAUAGCAACAAUUUCAACUAAAUAGGGGCCAAUAUGUUAGUUUAAAGUGGUUACAAUUCAAAGACACUUGUUAAGUAUUGUAUCACUUAAUGAUGACCAGUUGGAUAGCCGAAAUAUGUAGUGAUUAUUAAUGAACAGUUGAAUUAGUAUACAUUCUUACGGUUGCGUAGAGGGAACACGGCAAUUAGAUCACUAAACAGUCAUUUUAUGAAAAAAAAUACAUAAACAAAAUAUUCAUUAUUUGUUAUAUAUAUAUAUUUGUUAAUUUUUUAAAAAUUCUUUUUAUAUAUUUUUAAGAUGAAGAUUUUGAUUUGUUGUGAAGAAGUCACGAGUGAGAAAUAAUCUGUUACACGAGUAAGAUUCUGUAUUAAAAUUAGUUACCAAUCCUGAUAUUUCACCCAUAAUAAACUGGUAAAUUAUAAAAUACCAGUAACCAUCAAGACUGUCCUCUAUCAGUUUGGUUCCUCUCACGUAAUUAUCAGAAUAAAUGAUUCUGUUAUA